AUGGCGCACAACUAUGAUAUCGGUACGAAGGCAUGGCAGCCAGAUGCUACUGAAGGAUGGGUUGCUUCGGAAUUGAUCUCGAAAACAUUGAAUGGAGACAAGUAUACACUGGUCUUUCAACUCGAAAAUGGAGAGACCAAAUCGAUAGAAACCACAGAAGAAGCGUUGACAGAAGCAAAUAAUGCCUCCUUACCCCCUUUGAUGAAUCCAACGAUGCUCGAAGCGAGUGAUGAUUUAACGAAUCUUUCCCAUCUCAACGAGCCUGCUGUUGAUUCUUUAUAUGUUCCUGGCAUGGUACAGGUAUAUGCAGGAAGGCAAAGAGCUACGCAGGCCCCUCAUUUAUUUGCAAUUGCAGAGGAAGCUUUUGCGGAUAUGUUGAGGAGUCAAAAGAAUCAGACAAUAGUGGUAUCAGGAGAAUCUGGAGCUGGAAAGACUGUUAGUGCCAAAUAUAUUAUGCGAUAUUUUGCUACCAGAGAAUCACCGGAUCAGCCAGGAACAAGGACGAAGCGGGGUACAGAACAAAUGAGUGAAACAGAAGAACGAAUUUUGGCUACGAACCCGAUCAUGGAAGCUUUUGGCAACGCCAAGACCACACGUAAUGACAAUUCUUCCCGGUUCGGGAAAUAUAUCGAGAUUAUGUUUGAUGAUAAGACAAAUAUCAUUGGAGCAAAAAUUCGAACCUAUCUGUUGGAGCGUUCGAGAUUAGUGUUUCAACCCCUUAAGGAGCGAAAUUACCAUGUUUUCUACCAACUAGUAGCAGGAGCAACGGAAAGCGAGACAAAGGAACUCGAUUUGAAGCCUGUCGAACAAUUUGAUUAUCUCAACCAGGGAAGCUCGCCAACUAUCGAUGGCGUUGAUGAUAAAGCAGAAUUCGAGGCACUGAAGGGAUCUUUGGCUACAAUAGGAGUCGAUGCCAGUCAACAAGCGGACAUCUUUAAACUGCUUGCGGCUUUGCUUCACCUGGGUGACGUAAAGAUCACGGCCUCGAGAACGGAUUCUGUCUUGGCUCCUAAUGAGCCGGCAUUAUUGAAGGCAACAGCUUUGCUUGGUGUGGAUCCUGUAGAGUUUGCAAAAUGGACUGUGAAGAAGCAGUUGAUCACGAGAGGUGAAAAGAUCACAUCAAACUUAACUCAACAACAAGCAAUCGUUGUGCGAGAUUCGGUUGCGAAAUUCAUCUACUCAAGUAUGUUCGAUUGGCUUGUGGAUAGUAUUAACCAUGCUCUUGCCACCGAUGAGGUGUUGGCUCGUGUGAAAACAUUCAUUGGCGUGUUGGAUAUUUAUGGGUUCGAGCAUUUUGCAAAGAAUUCUUUCGAACAGUUCUGCAUCAACUACGCGAAUGAAAAACUUCAACAAGAGUUUAACGCUCACGUGUUCAAGCUCGAACAAGAGGAGUAUCUUAGGGAGGAGAUCGACUGGACCUUUAUCGACUUUUCUGACAAUCAACCUUGUAUUGACUUGAUUGAGGGAAAGCUUGGUGUGUUGUCACUUCUUGACGAAGAAUCUAGACUCCCAAUGGGCUCAGACGAGCAGUUUGUGACGAAGCUGCAUCACAAUUUUGCGGCUGACAAGAACAAAUUCUACAAGAAGCCUCGUUUUGGAAAAUCGUCAUUCACUGUUUGUCAUUAUGCUAUUGAUGUGACUUACGAGUCAGAUGGCUUUAUUGACAAGAAUCGUGACACUGUUCCCGAUGAACAUAUGGCAGUUUUGAGAGCCUCCUCGAACAAAUUCUUGGGCAUAGUUCUGGAUGCUGCAUCCGCUGUGCGGGAGAAGGAUACGGCCUCGGCAACAACCUCAGCUGCAACAAAACCCACGCCUGGUAGAAGGAUCGGUGUUGCUGUCAACCGCAAGCCUACUUUGGGUGGUAUCUUCAAGUCGUCUUUGAUCGAGCUCAUGAGCACUAUUAACGGCACUGAUGUUCACUACAUUCGUUGUAUUAAGCCCAACGAGGCUAAGGAGUCGUGGGUCUUUGAGGGCCCUAUGGUUCUGAGUCAAUUACGAGCUUGUGGUGUGCUUGAGACGGUCCGCAUCAGUACUGCCGGAUACCCCACACGUUGGACAUAUGAAGAGUUUGCUUUACGGUACUAUAUGUUAACGCCCUCAUCAGCGUGGACAUCGGAAAUCCGUGAGAUGGCUAAUAUAAUUCUCACGAAAGCACUUGGUGCCAGCAGUGGAGGUGGGUUGGACAAGUAUCAGCUUGGUUUGACGAAGAUUUUCUUCCGUGCAGGCAUGUUGGCAUUUUUGGAGAACUUGCGAACAAACCGACUCAACGAUUGUGCAAUUAUGAUUCAGAAGAAUCUCAAAGCUCAGUACUAUCGACGCAAGUAUCUUGACGCCAGAAGUGCGAUUCUUACGUUCCAAUCGGCGGUUCGAGGCCAUCUUGCUCGUCGGUAUGCUCAAGAGAAUCGUAAGGUCAAGGCUGCCACAACCAUUCAAAGAGUCUGGCGUGGUCAGAAAGAGCGCAGGAAGUUCUUGGCCAUUCGCAACAAUGUUAUACUCGCUCAAGCUGCCAUCAAGGGAUUCUUGCGCAGAAAAGAAAUUAUGGAGACUAGGGUUGGCAAUGCUGCCAUGAUCAUUCAAAGGUCAUGGCGAUCAAGGCAGUCGCUUAAGAAAUGGAGAGAUUACAGGAGAAAGAUUGUUAUUGUCCAGAGUCUGUGGAGGGGUAAAACAGCACGUCGUGGGUACAAGAAGAUUCGUGAGGAGGCAAGAGAUCUCAAACAAAUUUCUUACAAACUGGAAAACAAGGUCGUCGAACUUACUCAAUCAGUUGGUACGAUGAAGAGGGAGAACAAGACUUUAUUGACCCAAGUGGAGAACUACGAAAACCAGAUCAAGUCGUGGAAGAACAGACACAAUGCUUUGGAAGCUCGGGUAAAGGAAUUGCAAACUGAGGCUAACCAAGCUGGAAUCACUGCCGCACGUCUCGCUGUCAUGGAGGAAGAAAUGACGAAACUUCAGACGAAUUUUGACGAGUCAGCUGUCAAUAUCAAGCGUCUGCAAGAAGAAGAGAAAGAGCUGAGAGAGUCUCUUAGAGUAUCAAACCUAGAGCUCGAGAAGGCGAAGGAGGAGGGCACUCUGCACGAAUCGGAAAAAAUCACUCUUAGACAACAGCUUGUUGACUUGCAAGAUCAACUUGACCUGGCGAAGCGUGCAGGUCCCAUCCUGCCGCCCAAUGGAGAGAUUAUGAAUGGUGCUGUCGCAGCGCAACAAAACGGACUUAUUAAUUUGGUUGCUUCGAAGAAACCGAAACGCAGAAGCGCAGGAGCUGAGCCGCUAUCCAUGGCUGUAACAAGCCACAACCUCCAUCAGCAAACACUUUCCGGCUCCACAUUCCAACCCAGUGUUGACACCAUCGAGUUCGAGCUCGAGAAUCUUUUGGCUGAUGAGGAGGGCUUGAACGAAGAAGUCACAAUUGGUCUGAUCAAGAACCUUAAGAUUCCAGCCGCUACGUCCACUCCACCACCAACAGACAAGGAAGUCCUUUUCCCAUCUUACUUGAUCAAUCUUGUCACAUCAGAGAUGUGGAACAAUGGAUUCGUCAAGGAAUCAGAAAGAUUCCUUGCAAACGUCAUGCAAUCUAUUCAGCAUGAGGUGAUGCAACAUGACGGUGAUGAGGCUGUCAACCCAGGUGCCUUUUGGUUGUCUAAUGUUCAUGAGAUGCUUUCUUUCGUCUUCUUGGCCGAAGAUUGGUAUGAAGCCCAGAAGUCGGAUAAUUUCGAGUAUGAUCGUCUCCUUGACAUCGUCAAGCAUGAUCUAGAGAGCUUAGAAUUCAAUAUCUAUCAUACUUGGAUGAAGGUUUUGAAGAAGAAAUUGCAGAAGAUGAUUAUCCCAGCUAUCAUCGAAUCCCAGUCACUGCCUGGCUUCGUCACCAAUGAAAGCAACAGAUUUUUGGGCAAAUUGCUCCAGACUAAUUCAGCUCCCGCCUUUAGCAUGGACAAUUUGCUUAGCUUGCUCAACAACGUUUUCAAAGCCAUGAAAGCCUACUACUUAGAAGAUUCAAUCAUUACACAGACCGUCACGGAAUUACUCAGAUUGGUCGGUGUCACCGCAUUCAAUGAUCUUCUGAUGAGAAGGAAUUUCUUGUCGUGGAAGCGAGGACUGCAAAUCAAUUACAACAUUACAAGGAUAGAGGAAUGGUGUAAGAGUCAUGACAUGCCAGAGGGAACUCUUCAGCUAGAGCACUUGAUGCAAGCAACGAAACUCCUCCAAUUGAAGAAGGCCACUCUUAACGACAUCGAAAUUAUUCAGGAUAUUUGCUGGAUGCUUUCACCAAAUCAGAUCCAAAAGCUGCUUAAUCAGUAUCUUGUCGCCGAUUAUGAACAGCCCAUUAACGGAGAGAUCAUGAAAGCUGUCGCUUCUCGCGUAACAGAAAAGAGUGAUGUCUUGCUUUUGGCUGCAGUUGAUAUGGAUGACAGUGGACCAUAUGAAAUUGCGGAACCUCGUGUCAUCACAGCAUUGGAGACUUAUACACCUUCAUGGCUCCAAACACCAAGACUAAAACGUCUAGCAGAGAUCGUUUCCCAGCAAGCCAUGCAGCAGCAGGAAAAAAUGGAAUACGCUCAGGAUGAUAUCGCCGAGCAAUCAGACAACGAGAUGAAUGGUGCUUGA